UCCAGUCAGACUCAGAUAGCUGCACAGCCAAACAAAUAUGUGUGAGAAUAAGGAAAGUUGCAGAGGAGAGUCUGGAGUUCUGGAGCUAUCGAUCUUCAUAGAAAACUUGUGUCAUGGUGUCUUCUGCUCCCUUCAUCCUGGUCCCUUUGUGGAUCUACAUUCUGACCCAAGCCUGCAGAGGGGAAGAGGAGCUCCCCCGGGAAGCGGUGUUGUCCUGGUUCAAGGAGCGAGUACUGGAGGGUCUCGGGCUGGAGGAGCCUCCUCCGACCACAGCACCGGACACGGCUCAGCCGGAGGAAUCGAGGCGUGCAACCCGGAGGGCCCCCAGGAUGAGCAGGACAUCGUGGGUCAACCAUCAAACCAACCUGAACCAAGAAAUUCAGAUUAUUCUGUUCCCCAGUGCUGACUCGGACUGUGCCAGCUCUGACUCAGCUCCUGGAGAAACCAGCAGCAGCCACUUCACAUAUUACUUCGAGCCCUCCAUGAACAACCACGAGAACCUCGUCACAUCUGCCCACUUUUGGUUCUACAUGGGGGAAGGAGCCACAGCAAACUCCUCCGCCCAGCUGUUCAUUCUCACUUCAGCUCAGCAGCUCCUUCAUGUCGCAGAGGAUCCGUCCACCGUGAGCUCAGAUGGUUGGACCACCUACCAGAUGGGUCAACACCUCCUGGCCUCCGUGGCUGAGGGACCUUUCCUGCUUCAGGUCCGCUGUCCGGCCUGUAAAUGCCAUGCCAACGAGUCAGACAAAACGCCCUUUCUCCACCUCCAUGCUGAACCUCGUGAUCCUGUCCGUUCACACCGCCGGGCACCGGUAACCAUUCCCUGGUCUCCUUCUGCCAUCGACCUUCUCCAGCGGCCUUCCCAGGAGAGACCCCAACACAGCGACUGCCACCGGGCAGAGAUCGAAAUCAGCUUCGAGGAGCUGGGCUGGGACAACUGGAUUGUCCAUCCAAAGGUGCUGACUUUCUACUACUGCCACGGGAACUGCUCAGCAUGGGAUCGAACCACCUCCAUGCUGGGGAUCACACAGUGUUGCGCUCCAGUCCCAGGGUCCAUGAAGUCCCUGAGGAUCACCACGACGUCCGACGGCGGGUACUCGUUCAAGUACGAGACCUUGCCCAACAUCAUACCUGAAGAGUGUACUUGUAUCUGAACAGCUGACCUUUGGUUUGAUGUGCUGAAGUUUUGAGAUUUCUACCUGAAAUGUUUAAAUGCUUAGAAGAGCAUCAGUUCACGUCAUGUGAACCCAAGGUGUGAGGGUGGAUUUCUCAAACACUGAGCACAUAAAACCAAAACCUUUCAUGACACCACUUGGGGUAAAAGUUAGAAAAUGUGUUGGUAUAAUUGGGGUCAAACAACCCUUUAAAACUCACCAUUUAUCUGCAUAUUUUUAGCCAUUAUCUCCAAUUAAACCAGCACUGCACACGGCUUUCCUUGGUAUUGUUCCUCACCUGUAGAGGGCGAUGUAAGCCAACUUUUACACUGCAUUGUUUCACAUCAACACCUUCACACACAGUCUGACUUCUCCUGUUGUUUACUGAAACAGCAUUGUGUGAUAAUAAACCAGAUUUAAACAGGAAACUGGUGUGUGUUUCACACUCUUAUCCCACGUCAGUUUUUAAAGUGUUCAAAUUCCUGAUUCAUAUUUUUGUUAAUUAACUGACUGAGUAACAUGAACAGACGCUUUGACAGACGAAAAAACAAACGGCACAGAAAAAAAAAAAGAGUCGAAUGCCGAGACCAAAACAUACCGUUCAAAUAUAUUUAUUUACUCUGAAGACAAAAUAAUCUCUAAAGUUACAAAAACUACAAAACUUGCAAUAGAAACAAAACAAAAGUAUAAACCGUUGAAGAAGUACCAUAUUCAAAAUGGAAUGUCGUACCUUGCAAUAAGUAGCAAAAUUGGAAGUGAGAUGAUUACAAAAAUACAGCAUCAAAGAGCUUUUUGGCGGUCUGUAGUUUCAUUAUUCAGCCAAAGAUCAUAAAACCGACUGACAGGCUAUGAAAGAAGUAUGAACUCGGAAAGCUAUUGAUCAAAAGUCUUGCGAUGGAUUUGAAGAUUAUACAUGUUUACAUGGCACCGGGCUGUGUGUGUGUCAGCAGCCAACUGUCAUCCUUUCCUCGGCUGGGUUGUGUGUGUGUGUGUGUGUGUGUGUGUGUGUGUGUGUGUGUGUGUGUGUGUGUGUGUUUCUUUUUUCCCCCCGGACGCAUGAAAGCAUCCAUGUUUCAGCACGACGGAGGGGUAGUGGUGCAUGUCAAGGAUGGAAAAAUAUGUCUCACCGAAAAAGAAUGUAAAUUUCAAAAAAGACAAGGAUGGAAUUUUAUUGCAGCCCAGAAGACAGAUGUUUCCAGCUGUUUAGCAACCCCCAAAAAUAAAAGUGGUAUUAUUUUUCUUUUGAACUUUUUGAACGCAAUUCAUCAACGUGGAGCCUUCACGAUGAUUCCUCUGGACAAAAAAGGUGAUCUUGUACUGCAACAAUAGGUACUGGUGUGUUUUGAACUGAUUGUACAAAAAAAAAAUAUGAUUAUUGGAAAUUUCUUGGAACAUUUCCUGUCAAAGAAUUCAAGCAUUUCCCAGGUAAACAUUUUUGGCCGAUUAGGAGUAAAUAUACAGGCUUCAAAAUUCUGCCAAAUAUUGGAAAUGGUGUGACUUCUGGCUAACAAACACCAAUAAUCUGUUUAAAUUAAACAUGAAACAUGAUUUAUCUAGCACACGUUAAAGCCGCCCUCAUGAAAAAAAAA